AUGAGAAUCCGGAAAUCCUGGAGAGCGGCUGGGGAAACCGAGGCCCUGAGCCGGCCCUCCACCACCGCGGAGGACAGUAAGGGGGUAUCCCUGGUAGUGAACGUGGCUAGUGAGUGUGGCUUCACAGAUCAACACUACCGAGCCCUGCAGCAGCUGCAGAAAGACUUGGGUCCCCACCACUUCAACGUGCUUGCCUUCCCCUGCAAUCAAUUUGGCCAACAGGAGCCAGACAACAACAGGGAGAUUGAGAGCUUUGCCCGCCGCACCUACAAUGUUUCUUUCCCCAUGUUCAGCAAGGUUGCAGUCGUUGGCACUGGUGCCCAUCCUGCCUUCAAGUACCUGACUGAGACUUCUGGGAAGGAGCCCACCUGGAACUUCUGGAAGUACCUAGUUGCCCCAGAUGGAAAGGUGGUAGGGGCUUGGGAUCCAACUGUGGCAGUGGAAGAGGUCAGGCCACAUAUUAUAGAACUUGUGAGGAAGCUUAUCCUGAAGAAGCGAGAAGAUUUAUAAUCACAUUCCUCCUUCUCUCAGGCUACCCAGCUCAUCUCUCUGUGUAUAGGUGACCAAACAAAAUCAGUGCUGCUUCAAAGGGAGAGACCACAGAGUCUCUUCCUUUCGCUCUUAUCCCACCUACCCUAUCACUCUUACAGGGGGAAAAAAUCUAAACUUUUUGCUAUUUGAAUCAAAGAACAACUAGUAGGCACUUCUGACCAAUGAGAGCUCUUGACAGUGAAUCACCAACCAAUAAGAACCUCUAGUCAGUGAAAUGUGGCAAGUAGAAGUGCAUCAAGCAACAAUUGCCUGCCUAGCCAAGCCUCUGUCAAAUGGGGCAGAUUCCUACCUCACAGGGCUGUUGUGAGGAUUAAGAUGAAACACCUGUGAAAGUGCCUUGAUCAGAGCUAGCCAAAUAGGCAUUCAAUAAAUUU